UUUGCAUCCGUGACCCAUUUGUUUGCAGGACAGAAGCGGCUGCUAAGGAGGCGUGCAAAAUGGCAGAAAGACCUAUGUGGGAGCAAAUUGGAACAAGUUUUAUACAACUGUAUUACCAGCAGUUUGAUACCAACAGGGAACAACUAGCUUCACUUUAUACAGAUGCUUCUUGUUUAUCAUGGGAAGGGCAGCAGUACCAAGGAAAAGCAUCAAUCAUGGAAAAAUUGAUGAGACUCCCUUUCCAAAAAAUUCAGCACAACAUAACAUCCCAAGAUCACCAGCCAGCUCCUGACAACUGUAUCCUUAGUAUGGUUGUUGGUCAGCUGAAGGUGGAUGAUGAUCCAGUGAUGGGAUUUCACCAGUUGUUUGUUCUCAAGAACAUUAAUGACAAAUGGAUCUGUUCCAAUGACAUAUUUAGGUUGGCUCUGUACAACUUUGCUUGAAAUCUCUGUUCUCAAGCAUGCCUUUGAGAUCGUUCAUCUCAAUUUUUUUCCCCUAAACAAAACUUGGUUUUAAAAUUGCUUGUAUUCUUCAUUCUUUUGCUUGGUGAUUGAAAGAACAUGUAUAUUCUGUUUUAAAUGUUAAGCAAACUCAUUAGGAUGAUCACUUCCUCUAAUAUACCUGCACUUCGCUCCUGCACAUGUCACAUAAAACAUUGUGUAUAUAAAGUAUUGUAAAAAUGCUCUGCUUGUCUAUUUUAAUUGCAUUAA